AGCGGGCCCGAGCCGAGCGGAGUUGCCAGGUCUGCGCGUUGACGCUCGCGGGCGGUCGCAUCCACGGGGCGACGCCGAGGGAGGAAUGGCGCUCUGCACACGGUACUGCCUGGCCUUUGCGCAGGGGGCUCUGUGGCUCCUGCUCUCGCUCCUCGACCUGGUGCUGCUGCCGCUCUUCGGCUCCAGGAGGUGCCUCCGGAGGGCGCUCGGCAGGCCCGCCGCCGCUGCGCGGGACUCCGAGGGCAGGCAGCCAGCGGCCGUGUAUGGGGCCUCCGCCAGCGCGGGGGAGACGUCCCCAGAGGCGGCGUUGUCGGGCGGAGGGCCCCUCGUCGUCGUCAUCGUGGGCGCCAGCUGGGGGGGGCUCGCGGCCUGUCACCAGCUCGCGGACGACCAACGGUUCCGCGUUGUGCUCAUUGACAGGCGGGAGUUCUUUGAGUACACCCCGGGCAUUCUGCGGCUCUUCUGCCAGCCUGGCCUUCACAGCUCCAUGGCGCUAAAAUUGCCGAAGGGCUCCCACAAAUUUGUGCUCGGGCAGGUGACCAGUACGAGUCAUGACCACGUGGUUCUCGGCGACUCGACGAGGAUCGAUUUCGACUAUCUCAUCUUGGCAACUGGUGCGGACUACCGGCAGCCUAUCACACCGUCUUCGAACGACGUUACGUUGGCCUCCCGCGCGGCCACCUGGCAUGAGGAGGCCGCCAAGGUGCGAACUGCGAGGAGCGUGCUAGUCCUGGGUGGCGGCGCGGUGGGCACGGAGCUUGCGGCAGAGAUCGUCUGCCAUUUUCCAGAGAAGCGGGUGACAAUCUAGUUGCUUAUGGCAAGUUCCGCCUUCGUGCCAGUGCCAGUGCAGCUUUCUGUGCGGCGACCCGUCGAGAACCGUUUAGAUCCUUGCAGCAAGUUAGCACUUGUGUUGACUCUGAGGCUCUUGAGGCACGCACAUAACAUGCCACUCGCUCUUCCGCAGACUCGACGAGGUCGUAUC